AUGUACUCGUGCGCAAACUACCCCCGCGGAUGCCGUGGGCGCGUCAAUAAGGAAGGCACCAAAUGUUCGGACUGCAGACAACUGAACCUGCGACGACCUGCCUCUGCCUCUGCCUCCCCAUUCGCGCAACCACGCAAUUUUAAGCGCCAGCUUCCCUCAGAGAUGUUCGACUCGACAAUCAACCUGUCCGAACUGAACAUCUAA